AUGGUUGAAUAUUCAGGAUCUACUCCAGUAGAAAUUGCACCAGAUAAAAAACAAAGAGUAUUAUGUUGGUUUAAAAGAGAUCGGUUUUUCCAAUGUCUUGAUGAAAACUAUAUAGAUAACUCAUUAGAUCCAAAAGAAUUACCAAAAGUAAAUCAAAAAUGUGGAGAAAUUAAAAAAGAAUUUGAACAAGAUUGUGUUAGUAGUUGGGUUAAAUAUUUUCAAGAAAAAAGGUAUAAUGAUUUAGUUAGAUCGAGAUAUAUACAAAAAUUAGAAAGUGAAGGUGCUCAAGCAUUACCUUUUAAAAUUGAAGGAGUUAAGAAGUAA